AUGAUUCAAUCAAAUCCGGAAAAGGUUCUCGAAGCCUUGAACAGACUUCAGUCGUCACAAGAAAUCUCAAUCAUCAAACUCAGUGAACCCAUAUCAAGCUCACGGCCUCAAGAUGCCCGGCAACGAACAUCAGAUGCAUCAAAUUCAGCCUUUGACGCGCCAACUCCCGCAGGUCUGACAGCCGAUCUAGCACACUACAAAGAACUCUUUGCCAAACUGCGCUUCUCCUAUGUACAACAAGUCACAAAGGAAAAGUUCAUUCGAGCCAUUGUCGGCGACCCACCAAUGAUUGUCACAAUGGAAGAGAAUAUGGAGCUUGAAAAGGAAAACGCAGUUGCAAAGAAGCAACUCAAAGAACUAAAGACAGAAGUGGCGGAUAUGGUGGCAGAUCUUGAGAGGAGAGGUAUCGAGCUCAGCCAGAAGUACGAGAGCGUGCAACUUGAAACGGCAAAGCUGCGUGAGAUGCCUGCAAAGAUCGAGGAUUUGGAAAUGCGAAUCGAACAAUUACGCACAGAACUAGAAACACCAGAUGGAUCCGCUCCCAGCAUGAAUCUGCCUCUGGCCAAAACUCAGGAUCUCGUCAACCAACGCAAGCUGGAACAGCAGGAGCUUGCGCGAGAGCUGGAGUCCUUACAAGCCAAGGUCCCUCGAAAAAGAAAGGAGGCUGAAAGACUUCGCAUUGAGCUGCAGCCUCUUGAGAACAAGCGCCAAAAUAGCGCGACUGCUGCGCGUGAGGCGAGGAGGAGAAAGGAGGCCGCUUUGGGCGGUGCAGCCGACGACCUGGAGGAGAGAGCUCGCUGGUGGAGAGCGAGUGAGGGUGUGUUGACACAGGUUUUGGAUAUCAAGAAUUGA